UGCGCGCGGGUCACGAGCGGCACGUGCGGUUUCUCGGCGCUUCGCCGCAGGGUGCGGGUGCCCGCAGAGCCAGCAAGCGAGCGAGGGCCGGAGGAGGAAGGGUGGGCGCGCGGGAGCCACGCGGUGGCGCGGGCGGCGGGACUGCAGUGCCACCUCUCCCGAGAAAGCCCACACACUCACACGCCCGCGCGCGCAAGCACCUACACACCGUGGGCAUCGGGAAGCCGAGCCAUCGAGAGGCUUUGAGUGCCUGACGCGUUUCAGCGAUGGCUUCUGCCCUCAACAGCAAAAUUCACGCUCUCGGGACUUGCCCGGGCUCCAAAGCCGUUGCCGGAGGUGGCGCCGACUGGAGAAUGGACUGUGAUCCCGAGAUGCACGUGAAAAUGUGCAAGAAGAUCGCCCAGCUCACCAAGGUGAUCUAUACCCUCAACACCCGCCAGGAUGAGGCGGAGGCGGGCAUGGAGGCGCUGCGUGAGGUCCACCAGGAGGAGCUGCGGAAGGCGGUGGCCGAGACGGAGGCCAGGCUCCUGCAGGCGCAGGGCCGCGCGGGCGAGGAGGCCCUGAGACAGCGCGUCCAGGCCCUGGAGAGCGCCCUGGAGCUGCAGAAGCGGCUGACGCAGGAGGCGCUGGCCCGGUCGGCCGCUUGCAGGCUGGAGACCCAGGAGAGGGAGCUGAGGGUGGAGGCCGAGCACGCCGAGCGGGUGCUCACCCUCUCCAAGGAGAUGCUGGAGCUCAAGGCCGACUACGAGAAGAGGCUCCGGCACAUGAGCAGCCACGAGGCGCCCGGGUGGGGCGGGCUCGCCCAGCAGGGUCCCAAGCCCCAGGCCGAGCCGGGCUGCGGCCCCGAAAUGCGGGAGGUCCUGCUGGAAGUGGAGCGGCUGCGAGCGGAGAACCAGCAGCUGAGCAAGGACUAUGCUCGGAAGGCCGAGGAGCUGCAGGCCACGUACGAGCGGGAGAACGAGGCCGUCCAGCAGGCCAUGCAGCAGUCGGUGAGCGAGGCCCUGUGGCAGUGGCAGGAGAAGGAGACCGACCUCCGGAAGAACUUCCAGGCCCAGGAGGCGGCCCUGCAGGCCCAGGUCCGGAAGCUAGAAGGGGAUCUGGAGCACAGAGGCCGCAAGAUAAGUGACCUGAAGAAGUACGCCCAGAAGCUGAAGGACCGCAUUCAGGACCUGGAUGUGCAGCUCAAGGAGGCUCGACAGGAGAAUUCAGAGUUGAAAAGCACUGCAGAAAAACUUGGGGAGAAGCUGGCUGUUGCCAAAGACAGACUAAUGUUGCAGGAGUGUCAUGUGACACAGAAAAGCGAUGACAUGAAGACUGAGAGGUUUUCAGAGAAUAAAGUCCUAGGGAAAGAGAAUGAUUUGGAAGCCUGCAGUCUCCAUCCUCAGCAGGAUCAGAACUUUCCCAAGGAGUGUCCAUGCACGAAAGGAGGCACAGAUACACAGACCAAGAAAGAGGCAUGUAUUGAGACAGAAUGUAUGAAGCAAAAAUAUGAAGAAGACCUUCGUAAAAUCAAAGAUCAGACAGAAGAGGAGAAGAAACAUCGCAAAGACCAGCUGGUGAAGCGCCUAGAAGACUUGGUGAAGAAGCACAUGGUGGAAAUCCAAUUAGUUCGCUCAUCAGUGGAAGCUGAGAGGCAGAGGCUACAGAAGGAAGUAGAAGCACAGUUGGAGGAAGUGAAGAAGAAAUCAGAAAAUGAAAUAAAGCAUCUGCAAGAAGAGAAAGAGGCCCUAAGUGUGAAGCUCCAGAAUUCACUGCUUGAGGUUUUAAGGCUGGAAGAAUUUAUCCAGCAGAAUAAUGUACAUCCCCCAAGAGGCAAUGAACGGCCCCAAGAAUUGGACUGCCAGCAAGGCAACAUUUUAAAGACCCAGGAUCCAUGCUUGAGGCCGAAUGAACCCUCUCAGACUCUGCGCAGAGGAGAAGAGUUUCAAGAUAAGUUAGCAGCUGAAGAAGGAACCAACAGCGAUGAAGAGGAAAGGAUCCAAGUGCCCCUCAAGGAGGGAGGUGACCUGCAGCCUCUGCUGGGCUCUUUGCCGAAGGAGAAGGCACCGGAAAUCCAGCGUCUGCAGGAGGAGUGGCAGAGCCAGAAGGCCAAAUUGCAAGCCCAGGUCUCGCAGAUGCAGCAGGCUCUGGAGCAGUGCACCAGCAACUACAGGGAGGACCUGCGGGCACUCAAGCAGCUCUCCGACCGCGAGCUCCAGGAGAGCGUCCAGCAGAAUCAGGUGGCGAAAGCUCAGCUCGAGGCCACCCACCAGCGAGCGCUCCGCAUGCUCGAGAAGGCCAAAAACCAGGAAGUCAAGGCCACAGAGGAGCGCUUGAAGAAGGAAUCCAGCCGCAGCCUCCAGAUCCAGCACCAGGCGCACCGGCUAGAACUACAGGCCUUGGAGGAGAAGGCCCAGCAAGAGCUCCAGGGAGAGCUGGAGAGGAUGCAGGCUCAGCAGGCGCUGUUGCUAGAGGCCCUGAGGCAGGAGCUGGCGGAGCAGCGGGCUGCCUGCUCUGAGCAUCAGAAGGACUUGGAAGCGCUGCAGGCUGAGCUGAGGGCCCCAGGCAGUGUGGGCAAGCGACAGGCCAUCAGCCAGUGUCCAGGGGACAUCGAGGACCGUGCCAGCACUGCAGAGGAGGGGGGCGGUCCGGGCCAGGCGGGCUCCCCGACGAGCAAGGGCGCCGCCGAGCAGGAGCCCAGCGAGGGAUGCGGCCUCUGGGAGGAGAACUCGCAGCUCCAGGAAACAGUGCGGCGGCUGCGGGCCGAGGUGGAACAGCAGCGGCAGGAGGCGCUGCAGCUCCGCAACCAGCGCAGGCUGCUGGAAGAGGAUCAGCAAGCCCAGCGGGCCCGGGAGGUGGAGAUGCUACGCCAGGAACACCGGAAGGAGAUGCAGGCCAUGGUGGCCGAUUUCAGCAGCGCUCAAGCGCAGCUCCAGGCCCGGCUGGCUGCCCUGGAAACCGAACUGAAAGAUUCCGGAGAGAAGCCAGGGAAGGGGGAGUCGAGGCCGGAGGACGUUCAGCUCAUAGGCCGUCUGCAGACCCGCUUGAAGGAGAGGGAGGAGAUCAUCAAGCAGCUCACGGAGGAGAGAAGAUUUCACUAUGCAGCAUUCCCCAGCGCCGUGUCCCAUCGGAAUCGGUCCUUCUCUUUCAAUCCUCGCCCAGGGUAUUUGACCCCUUCCAUGAAGAAAAAGAAGAUGGAGGAAGUGCCCAGCCGAGUGGUCAGUGUGCCAAACCUCGCUUCCUAUGCUAAGAACUUUCUGAGUGGCGACCUGAGCUCCAGGAUCAACACUCCUCCGAUAACUAAGUCACCCAGCUUGGACCCAGGCCCCAGCUGUGGCCAGCCUUACAAACCCACCCCAUCUCUAGAUGUAAAAACUGCCACAAGGACACAAGAUGAUGAACCAGCCCAGCCCAAAGAAGUCCAGCAGAAGCAGGGCUCAGCCCACCAGGAAUGGUUUACCAAAUAUUUUUCUUUCUAAACUGAUCCUUAAACUGAUCAUAAAGUGGACAUUUGAAACACAUUUCUUUUGAAGCAUCUGAUUGAAGGAAUGAACUAAAAAGCCAACCAACCAAAUAACUUGCUUGUAAUAUGAUUUACAUACAUAGCUAAAACAAAUUCUUGCAUUAACAUUUCAUACCGUUUCAUUGUGACAUUAAGAUAAAACAAGCUAAUGUUAUCAGAAAGUGCCCACAGGGAAAUAUUAUUGUUACUGAUGACCUACCCAUGGUAUUUCUAGUGUCCAUAAGACUGCAAUCCGCAUUGUGGAAUAUCAGACUUUGUGAUUUCCAUGGUCUACUUUUAAAGUGGUUUCAUUUUCCUAGGACACUGGUCACUUUCACUUGAAAAGUGUUUCUAUGUAAAUGAUAUAAUUCCAAAAUACACAUGUAACCUCAAUAGGUAGAGGAAUAAAACAAAGCUCAAAAUAACCAGGAAAGCCAAUUUUAAAAAUCCAAAGAAAACAAAACUACUAGGAAUGGACUAUAGCAGACCUUGGCACACUUGGAUCAAAUAUUUUGACUUCCUAGGUCCAGGACGUGAAGAAGAUUACAGAGGGCGUAACAGCUACCUCAAAGGGGCUUUUUGAAGUUUAAGCAAAAUAUGGGUAAUGAUACUAAUCGUGAAUUGGAAUUAAGCCUUGCCAGGAUUUUUCUGUGAAUAACUGAGCCUCACCCCAUCAUACAUCUCAACUUCAAUGACUGUAGCAUCAACUUGGUCAUUUGUGAUGGUUUCUAGAUUAUUCUUUGAAGUGAAAGAUCUACUGAACCUCUAGUCUUGCCUCAUGGUGCAUUGCUUCCCCAUUGCAUGGAUGCUCAGCAGAUUAAAGGGAACUGGGAAUGGCCAUUCACAAUGCUGACCUCGCUGUCAGUCCACGCUGAGCUGUCUGACCCUCUGAUGGAGCGGUGCAAUUUGACAAGAGCCAGUACAACUUUUAGUGGUCAAAAUAUGUUCUCAAUCCUUUGGUGCUGGCCCAGCAAGUGGCCCAUAAACAGUUGUCUCUUCUAUGCACCAUCAAAUCUUUGCUCUUUGAAUAAAACUUUAUAAACAA